CUACACUAUUUAUUAGUCUUUGAACCGUAGGUUUCAACGGUACUUCAACGUUUCCAAGCAGAAUGAGUUAAGCCAAAAAACAAAAAGAAAGGGGGAGAGACAGCCAUUGAAUGAAGCCAUUGGCGGAAGAUUGAGCUUUUUAUGGUUGACGGACCUCCAAAACUCACCAACCCAUCGCCGGCAUCCAAUUCUCUACACAUCAUCGGCUCGGAAAUGGCCAAGACUCCGAUCGGUGAUCAUGCUUCCAAUCCUUCUUGGUUCACACCUAAAAGGUUACUCAUAAUCUUUUGUGUGAUUAACAUGUUAAAUUAUGUGGAUCGAGGGGCAAUAGCAAGCAAUGGUGUAAAUGGAAGUCUCAAGACUUGCUCAGAAAGUGGGGUAUGUACCCCAGGCAGCGGAAUUCAGGGGGAUUUUAAUUUGAGCAACUUCCAGGAUGGUGUUUUAUCAUCUGCAUUCAUGGUUGGACUUCUUGUAGCUUCUCCAAUAUUUGCAUCCUUGGCAAAGAGCCACAAUCCUUUCAGACUUAUUGGAGUUGGACUAUCUUUUUGGACAUUUGCUACAGCCGGUUGUGGCUCUUCAUUUGAUUUUUGGUCUAUUGCAAUAUUUCGCAUGUUGGUUGGUGUUGGUGAGGCUUCAUUCGUAAGUCUUGCAGCUCCAUUUAUAGAUGACAAUGCUCCUGUCACUCAGAAAACAGCCUGGCUUGCAAUGUUUUACAUGUGUAUACCAACUGGGAUCGCUCUAGGCUAUGUUUAUGGUGGUUUUGUUGGAGAGCAUUUUAACUGGCGAUAUGCAUUCUGGGGUGAAGCAAUUUUGAUGCUUCCAUUUGCUGUUCUGGGUUUUGUUAUGAAACCUUUGCAGUUGAAAGGUUUUGCUCCGGCUGAAUCAAAAAAUGCAACAGUUGGUCCUGAGACUGAAGGUCCAGGGCUUUCAAAUGUUAAUGGUGGUGUGUUGAUCAGAAAUGAACUUAUAAGUAAUAAUGCAUCAAAUAAAGCUUCGAAAUCAAGGGGUGCAUUCAAAAUGUGUAAUCAAUUCCCCAGAUUUCUGAUAGAUAUGAAAAUGCUUUUGCUCGAUAAAGUUUACGUUGUAAAUGUUCUAGGAUAUGUAUCAUACAACUUUGUAAUAGGAGCUUAUUCAUACUGGGGGCCAAAGGCUGGUUAUAAUAUUUAUCAUAUGAAUAAUGCUGAUAUGAUGUUUGGAGGAAUUACAAUUGUCUGUGGAAUUUUGGGAACCCUAGCUGGAGGCUACAUUCUUGACUGCAUGGAUGCUACAAUCUCUAAUGCUUUCAAGCUUCUUUCUGGAGCGACCUUUUUGGGUGCAAUAUUUUGCUUUAUCUCCUUCUGCUUAAAGGGCUUGUAUGGGUUCAUAGCACUUUUCUCAGUGGGUGAGCUACUUGUAUUUGCCACACAGGCUCCAGUUAAUUAUGUUUGUCUACAUUGUGUUAGACCAAGUCUGAGACCAUUAUCUAUGGCAAUGUCAACUGUUGCAAUACACAUCUUUGGUGAUGUGCCUUCUUCACCACUUGUUGGGAUCCUUCAGGAUCAUGUUAACAAUUGGAGGGAGACAACUCUUAUUCUAACAUCUGUUCUGUUUCUUGCCUCUGGAAUAUGGUUUCUAGGAGUCUUCCUAGACAGUGUGGACAGAUUUAAAUUAGAUAGUGAAAAUCAAUCUGUGCAAAGCAAGGCCACCAUGAAACCGUUGCUUGAAGGAGAAGAUGAUGAGAUGCCAGAUACUUCUACUGGGCCAUAAAGUUUCAGUAUGCUACAUUUUUAGUUGCAACAGGCUCCAACAAAUAUUUCAGAUAAUGCUUAUAGCUUUGCAUAUGAAUUGAAAAAAAAAAAAAAAAAAAAGAAGAUUAUAAUUUACUUGCAUGUUAGACUGGUUUAAAUUGAAAAACAGUUUGAUCUUAUUGAGUACCUACUUUCCUGUCCCGACCUAGUGAUGAGUAACAAUUGAAACUCUUUCAACAAAACUAGGGAAAUGCUGGUAUUUAUGAAUGAGGGACAAAGGAAUUAGGUUACUCACUUUGAUCAACUAGCAGGCUGCCUGAGCUGCAUACUUUGGAGAUUGUGAGAAUUCAAUGAGAAAGAGAUAAAAUGACUCUUGUUUAAAUCAGUCAGAGAACAUGCAUGUAUAUUAUAGUUAACAAAAAAACUGUAAGAAAGCUAUGUUCAUAUCGGUUAACAGUGAUUUUAUUCUUUGCUUAUUGUAUUUUUCGUGUAUAGUUUUCAAACAGAAAUGUAAAUAGAACUUUCUCUGAGGUGUUUCGAGAAUUUGACUCACACAUUGAUCCAUAUUAAGGAGUUUCUACUGUUUCUCUA